AUGUCGUUGGAGUUGGCGACUGAACUUUUUAAGUACAAGAUUCAAGUGGUUUGCAUUAAGGAAAUUAGGUGGAAGGAGCAAAAGGCAAGCAUUUUAAAAGGUUAUAAUUUAUGGUAUGUAGGUUUGGAUGGAAAGCAAAGUGGAGUUGAUAUUCUUGUAGCUAAUGAUAUCCUAAAGCAAGUGGUAGAAGUUAGGAGGUGCAAUGAUAGGAUUAUGCUAGUUAGAAUAGUAGUGGGAGAAGAGGUGAUAUCAAUCAUUAGUGUGUAUGGGCCGCAAGUUGGGCUAGAUGAGAAAGUCAAACGUGAGUUUUGGGAUUACCUAUGUGACCUUAUAGAUACUAUCCCUGCCGAUGAAAAAGUUUUUAUAUGUGGAGACUUCAAUGGACACAUAGGUAAGGAGACAGUUAACUAUAACUUAGUUCAUGACGGGUUUGGUUAUGGUGUAAGGAACGAGAGCGGAGAGAUCUUGCUUGAGUUUGCGUUAGUAAAGGAGUUGGUUAUAGCAAACUCGAUCUUUAGAAAGAAUGAUGAGCACUUGAUUACGUACAAGAGUGGUGGGCAUGCAACCCAAAUUGACUACUGUUUAGUAUGGAAGGUUGAUUGGAGCUCAUGUCUAGACUGUAAGGUCAUGCUAGGUACAAAGAUGCCCACCCAACAUAUAUAG